UUGAAGCGUUACGGUUCGUCGCGAUUUGGAUUCGGACUAAGGUACAGGCCCUCAAUAGUUCCCCCGGUCGAAGUGUGUUUACAUUGCUUGCAAACUAAAAUUUUCAGACGCCAUGAGCGCGUAUUUAUAAAAAUAGGAACAGCGAGCGAAAAUCAAAAUACAAAACUCUAAAGCGAGGAAAAGCCCCAAAAAGGGAAGCUCAGAGCCAGAAAAAUGUGGAAAAUCUGCAUUUUUACAUUGGUAAUUGCGGUGGCGGCUGCAACAACUAGUGAAACCAUAACAAAUGACUUAACGGCGAAGGGCAACCAGACGCAGUUGAAAAUUUCCACGGAGGCAUCGGGGGAAAUUGCUGCUGUGGGCGGGUCAACCUCAACGGCCACGCCCACCACGACGGCCACAACGAGCACAACAACCACCCGGGCAACAACUGUGGCCGAGCCAAAUGGCGAGGCCCCCGAAAUCGGGCUAAUGACGUCCCCAGCCCAAAAGGAGGUGCCCGCAUCCGAUUUGGGUGAAUUGGGCGGCAUCAAGAAUGCCCUGCACCGCAUCAAACUGAGCGAGCAGCCAGUGGAAAUCACCACCACCACCACCGAGCAGCCAGAGCAGCCAGAGGCCGUGGACCAGGACGAGGAGCAGGAGGAGGAGGAGGUGACCCCCACGAUUUCCCCGCUGCAGAUCCAAAUGCAGGCGGCCGCCUCCUACCAGGUGGCCGAAACGCUGGCCGACCUGAACGACGAGGAGCGGGCCAGGUACGACGCCAUGCUGGCCCAGCAGCCCACGGCCAGCAAGCUGAACAUCGUGGACCUGUAUCCGCUGAAGAUCGAGGACCUGCAGCCCAUCAUCCAGAGCGACAACGACGAGCUGAUCAAGCAGAGGACCAUCUUCACGCAGCCCGAAAACGCCGAGGAGUACAAGCAGAAUCUAAUGCCCAACGAGGUGGAGUUCAUGGUCAACAAGGAGGUGGACGAAGUGCGGGAGAAGAUCAAGAUAAACAGGGAGAAGCUAAGCACAUCGACUACAGUGAAGCCCACCACCAGCCGACCGCAGCAGGGAACCACGGCUGACUUCACUGGCAAACUGCUGGCCGAUCAGGACGAUCUCAUAACCGAAAUCGAGAGCAAGUUCCAGCUGCACGAAACCACAACACUAAAGCCAAGAGUUACUACCAUAAAGCAUCCGGGAAACACGUUCAUCGAUCGCCGGGUGAAGAAGAGCUUCGAGUUUCCCAUGCAGCACAGGGCCAGCGAUGUGAUGGCCAUGCCGCACAUCGACUUCGCCAACACCAAGUUCCAGACGGACGGGGAUGCCCCCAAUCCGCCCGCCUCGCACCCGGAGUUCUCCACCACAAAGUUCUACAACAGCAAGGAGCUGUACAACGAGAUGCUGCUGCACAAUAAGCGAAAGUUAAUGAAGGCUGCCAAAGCUGACGGCAGUCCGAUAAAGUCAGCGGAGGAUACAACUCGCCACCCGGCAAACUUGAACGUGACGCCAGGAGGGAAAACUUUUAACCCGGCCACCACCACAAGAACAACAGCAACAACAACGACGAGUGGAACCACCACAUCAACGAGGACAACAACUACUGAGUCUACUACCGCAGCACCAGCAGCAGCAACAACCACAAUAGGAACAACAACGACAACAACUAGAACAACAACCAGUGGCAGACCGACAACGAGCACUGGAAAAUAUCAGAAGGAGCUUAAGCGUGCCAAAUUAUUGCUCAAGGCCGUGCUACCGCCGCCCAAGUCGACAAGUGACAAGCCAACGGAGGCGGCAGCAGCAGCGGGGGUGGGGGUGGUGGCAGCCGCAUCCUUGAGCACCACAACGAUGGCCACUCCGAUGGCCACUCCCGCCAGGAGCCGUAUGCCAGCGGCUAAUCCCACUAAGACCGCCUCAAAGCCAAUUGCCAGGCCGCGCAUUUUGAGUCGCCUGCAGGAGAAAAUCAAUUCGCUCGAGUGCGAGAUCCCCAAUGUGCCGCAGGACUCGCAUCUGUGGCGCGGCAACGAGACCCACGAACUGCUGCUCCCGAUUGUGACCAUGGAGCACUGUAAACAGGAUGAGCGCUGCAUACCUAAUGUACUCACCUGGCGGGGUGAGGCGGAAAUCCAGUCUGGCGACAUUCUAAUUGUGGAAAUCAAUGACGCCAUGUUAAAUCCAUCCCACGAGCCGAACAACACGAGCAGCGCGGUACAUGCCACACAGGUGUAUCAGGUGACUCGUUCCGGCCACGAACACUGCGACGUCACCGAGGGCGUCCUGCUGGAUAUCACGCCGCUGGUGGUCGACGGCAGGAAGCUGGUUACCCUGUACGAUAAGGACCUCACCGAGGGAGUUAACUUGCUAAUUGUGGUGUCCGAGUUGUGGGGAGCGCAGUGUGUGCGCCUGAAGGUGACCACCAAAACGGACAAUUGCGGCGAUAACGCGGACUGUUCCGGCAAGGGAGUCUGCUACUCGAAUUCCGGGAUGGAGGAGUUCGAGUGCCAGUGCUGCAGCGGAUUCGCAGGACCGCACUGCGAGGAGAUCGAUGCGUGCAACCCGAGUCCUUGCACCAACAACGGCAUCUGCGUGGACCUCUCCCAGGGGCACGAGGGCAACUCGUACCAGUGCCUCUGUCCGUACGGAUAUGCGGGAAAGAACUGCCAAUACGAGUCGGAUCCCUGCAAUCCCGCCGAGUGCAUGAACGGCGGCAGCUGCGUGGGCAACUCCACGCAUUUUCGGUGCGACUGUGCGCCCGGGUUCACAGGACCUCUGUGCCAGCACAGCCUGAACGAGUGCGAGUCCUCGCCGUGUGUGCACGGCAUCUGCGUGGACCAGGAGGACGGCUUCCGAUGCUUCUGCCAGCCAGGAUUCGCCGGCGAGCUGUGCAACUUCGAGUAUAAUGAAUGCGAAUCGAAUCCGUGUCAGAAUGGCGGCGAGUGCAUCGAUCACAUUGGCAGCUACGAGUGUCGCUGCACGAAGGGCUACAGCGGCAACCGUUGCCAAAUUAAGGUUGAUUUCUGCGCCAACAAGCCUUGCCCCGAAGGACAUCGCUGUAUUGAUCAUGGAAAUGAUUUCAGCUGCGAAUGCCCAGGAGGUCGCAACGGACCGGAUUGUAAUCAAAUGCCACGAACGUACUUCCAGCAAUGCAACGUGAACCCGUGCACCCAUGGCGGCACUUGUUGGUCCAGCGGCGAUAGCUUCUACUGCGCCUGCCGUCCCGGCUACACAGGAACCAUGUGCGAAGAUGAGUUCGUGGUGGAGACGGUCGUUAGUUCCAGCGAAUUUAUUGUGGACGAUGCGAACGCUAGAAAUUUUAAUGACAAAACUUUCGGUUCAUCGGUUGUGCUUAAGAGUCCCAUUGAAUUGCAUAAUGCAUAUUUUGCGGCCGGAGUCCUGGCAGCCGCCAUUUUCAUCGUUGCCGUUGUGGUCACCAUUUGCCACUGCAAGGUCAAUCAGACGUAUCGGAAAUUCUCGACACGUUCCACGUCGUUCAUACCCAUCCUGGGCUUCAGUCGCCGGCCGAAAAUGCAGGGCAAGCUCAAUAAACACUGGCUGAGUGGCAAGGGAGCGGCCGCGGCUGGCGGUGGCAACAAUGUGGCGCCCGCGGGUGGACCGAGGGGCGGAGCGGGGUCAUCGGGAGGGGGAGUGGGAGGGGGAGCGCAGCAGGGCACUCGCCACCUGCCAGGACAACCCCAGACGCAGACCACGCAGACCACGCUGGGCGGGCAGCUGCAGGAGCGACCCUUCCAGCGGCACCUGGCCAUGAACCUCGAGAACGACAUGUACUACACGGUGGACUUUAGCGAGAACUCACAGCACUCGCCGUUGAUACAGUGAGACCUGGCUGGCAGCGGCAGCGGAAGCGACGGAUGGCUAGUCAAGUUCACCCCACACAAGGAGGAGUGAGUGGAGUGGGCUGGUGGGUUGGGUUCGGGUGAUUGUGUAAUUAUCUCUGAUGCUACUCGUUGAAUAUUUCAAAUAUUGAACAGUAUUCGAUAAUAAUAAACUAAAGACGUGUGUGAAUUAACUUUACAAUUAUGAAUCCGGCUAAUGCAAACACAAAUAUGUAUGGUUAAUACAUGUAUCUCUGGCAUAACUAGGCUUAGCAUACUUGUUUAUCGGGGUUUAUUUUGGCUGAGCACACACAAGCACACUGAUACGGAAAGGAUAAUGUUUGAUUAUAAAACACAGCGCAGCAAGGGAGAUCAUCAAGAAUUAUGUAAAUGUUUAAUGUGCAACUUGAACUAAGUCCGCUUUUCUCAUCCCGAUUGCCUUAGUAUAUGAAUUUUGCGCAUUUGUUGGAGAAAACAUAAAUUUAUGUUGGUUUUCUCAUGUGGAAUUGUUUUAUGUUUGGCCCGAAGACGCAGAUAUGGCUGGCUCUUGGCUAAUUGUGGCCAUAAAACCCCCAUCAAUUUGCUAUGCAAAUGCCCAGCCCGAAAGUUGGGUUUAUAGGUGCGCAUUUGCAUAUGGACAUUUCAAGCAGAUUAAAUGAUUUGCCUGGCCAAGAGCAAAAUGCUCGGUUGCUCAGUAAUUUUAAUUAGUUUAAGUUAUCCUUGGGAUACACAGAACUUUGCCCCGACAUCAAAGAGAGCCGAAACUAAUUAUGUUCGCCAGGCCAAAAAUAUAUAACACUCUAAUGAGCAACAGAAAUAGAAUUUGAUAGCAUUUAAUAAAGCAUGCUUCUCACCGCAUUUUCAUUUGCAAAUGUUUGCAAUUAGUUAAAUAAUAAUGAAGAGAGCACGGGAUUCUAUUGUGUUGCGACGAAAUAAAUUCAAUUGAAUGUCGCAAAUUUUGGAAUUUUAUCAACUAAUUUCCGGAAAUGCAGUUUAGUUUAGUUUUAAUUAAUUUUGCCUUACCAAUCAAAUUUACUGGGAAUGGGUGAUUUAAAUUGAAUUUGGUCGGGGCAGAUAUCAGAGAUUAUUGCUGCUGCUUGCCCCAAAUGCUCGAUUGUUCGAAUGUUCGACCGCAGUCGAAAGUUGUUAGUGAAAAAUAAUUAGCAUAAAUUAAAACUCUAGCCACAAAAGUUAAUAUGUUUUUUGUGCAUAAAUAAUAUUUAUUUUGAAAUCAUUUCCAUAAAUGAAUGUGUGGUGUGUGCUGGCCACAUUUAGCAUAUUGCUGUUGAUAUGUAAACAUUAAUACUGAUCGAAUUGCAAGAGGUCGAUGUUGAUGUUGAACUCAACUGCAAUUCAAAUCCAUUAAAAUAAAAACCGAAAAAAAAAUCACAAAAAAAACGUAAGGCAAAUAAGUGAAAUAAAUUGAGACUUGAUGCAUACAUUUUUUGCAUCAAUAAUAGAUUUUCGUGCAAUUUGAUAUGCAAAGAAAAACGAGAUUGUAAUUAAAGCGCUAUAUUAAGUAAUAAAUAACGAUAAACCGAGGCAGGCCGAAUCGAAAAGCCACAAAUGAAAUGCAAAUAAUAUAAAAUUAAUGGGGAGCCUUAGCCUAAGGAGAAAAACACAGACACAAAGAGAGCAAAGCAAAUGCAUUACUUUCAUUUCAAUGAAGAUGAAAUAAAAUUAAUAGCAACUUAACCUAUGACAGAACACUUGGCAUUUUGGGCAAUUACAGUUUAAUUUUUAAGCCGAUCAGCAAAAUAAAGUGGAAAAUCCAGCGAAACGUGAAA